AUGGAGGUUGAAGCUGCCAACAUGCGCGCCGAUAUCAACAGGGACCAAACGAACCAAACGAACAGCACGGUCGCGUUCGUUCGCUUUGCAACGCGGCGCGACGCGGUGAUCUGCCUGAAGCUGUUCUCGGAGGAUGACAACGAGGAGAUCGUUGCGUCAAUGCCCAAGGGUUCCGUCGAGGACCCUCAUGACAUCAUAUGGGCGGAUCUUUGCGUGGACGAGGUGAAGCAGGGGACGUUGAGGCGCACGGGGGUUCUCCUCCUGAUCGCGGUGUUCAUGACUUUCGCGCCCGCGGUGCUGUUCAUAGUGUCAAUUUCGUCUCGAAGUUUGCCAGCCUGGCCAGCGUCGUGCCCGAGCUCCACGACUUAA